CGAUGGCCUUCACCGCAACUAGAUUAUAGUUAAGUAUACUAUUAAUGAAUUUAAUUGUAAUCAAUAAUGCAAGUGACAGCAAUGAACUUACGUUGCAGCAGAGGUCUAACAACAGUCUGUUUCAAUUCUGAUAUGUGCUUGGUAUGAUUACCUAACAAGGAAGUUAAUUGCAUUUGAAAAGCCAUACUAACAGCUUAUUCUUGUUACUUGCGAUAAUCACGCCAAACAAAAACAAAAAGACGGCUCAAAAAUGAGGCGGAACUGUUUCUGCUGAUUACAAACAAAAUCAAAACAUCCCUCGUUCAUGUUUUGACAGUUGUAAAAUAAGGUUAAAGAUCCAAAGCUAUAUAUAUAUAUAUAGCUAUAGAAUUAUAGAAAAUCGGCGGGUGCGCAUGCGCUUUUGAGUACCGGAAAAAGAGCAGUAGACAGCACGCAGGAAGCUCGCGCACAACGUACGUCGUAUUAUUAUCGUAUACUUAUUAUAUAUACCUAUAUGUAAGUAUAGGUAUAUUCGUUGUGUUUUUGCUCUGCGAAGAUUGUCAGCGGGAUUUGGUGUGUGCAAAAUUUCUAUUUCUAAAAAAAUUCGCGGUUGAUUGUAAUGGCUAUGUGGCGAGUUCUACCUCCCAAACUAAUAGAGUCGUCGAAGAACAUAUUUUCUAAUACCCCGACUCUCUAUUAUCAUCCAAAAGUUUUAGAUCACUAUGAUAACCCUAGAAACGUAGGUAGUCUUGAUAAAAAUGAUAAAAAUGUGGGAACUGGCUUAGUUGGAGCACCAGCAUGUGGUGAUGUUAUGAAACUCCAGAUCAAAGUUGAUGAGGGUGGAAAAAUCAUAGAUGCUAAAUUUAAAACUUUUGGAUGCGGUUCAGCUAUUGCAUCUAGUUCGCUGGCAACCGAAUGGGUCAAAGGCAAAACGGUUGACCAGGCAUUGAAACUGAAAAAUACUGAUAUUGCUAAGGAAUUGUGCUUACCUCCUGUCAAGCUACACUGUUCAAUGCUUGCAGAGGAUGCUAUCAAAGCAGCUUUAUCAGAUUACAGAAUAAAACAGCAGUCUAAAGAAAACGAUUCCAAGUCAGAAGCACAAAAAUAGAGCGUUAGAUGAUGUUAAAUGAGAAAAUUAACUUUAUUAGUGCUGUAUGUUAUUUUUGUAUGGCUGUAUGAAGAAUACGACAUUAUUUAUAUAUAAAUUUAGAUUUAAUCUAAAUUGACUAUUAUAUAAAUUCACAUAAUUAUUGAAUGUAUAUUUUAAUUAUUAAAAAUCAAAUGUAACAUUUUUUCAUUAGUUUUUACUUCGAAUAUAAAAUAUAAUUUUAUUUAAAAUUUAAUUUAUUCAAUACCACAGCUUACUUUUUUAUACAAAUAUAUUUUUUAUGCAGUAAGUAAAUCUUUCGUUAAGUCAUGAAGAUUUGUAUACAAAUUGAUUCCUUUUUUAUCUUAAAUAACUUGGAAUUAAAAAAGCUGAUUGUAUUUGAUUUCAUCUAAAUAAGUUACAAUAGGGAUUUAGGUAUUUAAAAACUUUUUUGCAAAGGUGUAGAAAUUUAUUUAAAGGAACAGGUGUUUCUUUUUAUGAUCAUUGAUUGUUGAUUACCACACAACUUACAAAAUAUAAUCGUCGACUCAACCGCUAAAGUAACUAUCAAACGUUCAUAUUUAAACAUGACUCGUAAGGGCAUGAAAAAAGCUACAGAUGUGAUUGCAAACAAUUAACAGUGAUAAAGAGUUAACAUUAUUUCGCUGACUGUUUAUUGUACCUUCGGAGUAUAAUUGCUUGAUAUAUUUCGUUUCUUCAAGCAAAUAUGAGAAGAAAAUCUUUACACUUCAUUACGCGCGCUUUAUUUAUGAUUAUGGAAUGUAAUCGGCUAACUCACGCGCAACACGUCACAUAACCAGAGAAAAAUUUACUAUUGAGAGCUUAUACAUGAAUAAAAUUCGUGCGAACGAUUCUGAUCCGUGUUGAGUGCUCAAGAAAAUGACAUUUACAUUUAAAAUAGUUUGACGGUAAAGAAGCGUUCGCUCAAUUCACAGAAUCCGCAUCUCAGAUAUUAUACAAUAUAAUUAAAAAUUAUGGUCCAAUGACAAAAACUUAGCAUUUGACCUUAAACCUCGCUAUAACAAAUAGUUUACAGUAAAAUCGAAUAAUAUCCUUUAAUCACAAGAAGCACUUACACGAGUACAAAGAUUUACAAAGACC